AUGGGGAGCGAAAAGUACUUGCCGGAGCUUAUGGCAGAGAAGGACACGCUGGAUCCGUCUUUUCAGCACUCCCUACGGCUACUGGAUCAAGAGAUUGAAAAGAUUCAGAAGGAUGAGGGGAAGGAAGAGGAGAAGUUCAUCGACGUCGUCAUCAACAAGAACAUGAAACUGGGCCAGAAAGUUUUAAUACCAGUCAAGCAGUUUCCUAAAUUUAACUUUGUCGGCAAACUCCUCGGGCCACGCGGGAACUCGUUAAAGAGACUACAGGAGGACACUCUCACAAAGAUGUCAAUUCUCGGAAAAGGAUCCAUGAGAGACAAAGAAAAGGAAGAAGAGCUACGGCAGAGCGGCGAGGCCAAAUAUCACCACCUGAACGAAGACCUGCACGUCCUCAUCGAGGUGUUUGCUCCGCCAGCUGAGGCCUACGCGAGGAUGGGUCACGCUCUGGAAGAGAUCAAGAAGUUCCUCAUACCAGAUUACAAUGAUGAGAUCAGACAGGCCCAGCUGCAGGAGCUCACAUACCUGAACGGCGGCUCGGAGGAUGCCAAGGUGCCAUCGGUGCGGGGCAAGUCAGCCGCCCGUGGAAGAGGGACACCUGUUCCAGGGCCUCCCAGGAGUCGAGGAGGAGUUCCUCCCCUGCAUGCAGCAGUGCCCCGAGGAGCUGCACCUAGAGGAGCCCCUCCCAGCCGGGUUCCAUCCUCCAGAGGGAGGGGGGUGCAGAGAGCCAGAGGUGCCCCACCAGCUGCUGGAUACCGGCCGGCUCCUCCCAUAGUCCAGGACACAUAUGGAGAAUACGAAUAUGAUGAUGGCUAUGGAACAGCUUACGAUGACCAGGGAUACGAAUCGUAUGACAACAACUACAAUAAUCAAGGACAAAACUCAGAUGACUACUAUGAAUAUGGACACAGUGGGGAGUCGUAUGAUUCGUAUGGUCAGGAGGAGUGGGCAAACAAUCGCAGCAAGGCACCGUCAGCACGAACAACCAAGGGAGUGUACAGAGAUCAGCCAUACUCCAGAUAUUGAACUGUUUAUACAGCCCGCACCUGAGUCCUCAUGGCUGUUUCAACCCAAGUAAUGGAUUUUUUAU